AUGAAAAGUAGGCUAAGCAGGAUAAAACCCAUAAUUGUCCAGCAUAUCGAUCCCGAGUUUCUUGUAAUCAAUAAACCCAGUGGGAUUAAAAGCUAUGGCUACGAUAAACCAGAUAGUGUAAUCCCGCAGUUGAAUAGACUCUUUCAGUCAAACGAAUUUCGCUUAGUUCAAAGAUUAGAUCGGUUUGUUAGUGGCGGGUUGGUGGUUGCCAGAACGGCCGGGUUUGCUAAAUGGUACAGUAAAGUAUUAAGUGAAGGAAACGAGAUAUCACGGCAGUAUAUAGGAUUAAUUGCCAUACCUCAAGAAUACCAAAGUAUUCAAAAUUAUAUUAGACAAAAACUACAGUAUAAAUUGGGGGACUCCCAAUAUAAAGGAUUGGUGUUUGCGAACGAACAGUUGGACCAAGGUGAAAUCAGCCAUGACGUCGAAGUAUUGGCAAGAGAUGAUCGAAACAAAUCAGCUAAAAAACGGGCAUUACAACAUAGUGACCAAAGUCGAGUCUUUGAGCAAAAAAAUGCUUUCACCAAGUUUAAAAUUAUCACCGAGUUAGUGAGAAAGGACGAUCGGUUCCCUCUAUUCAAAGAUAAGUUGAUAGUGCCAAUUGCAAUCCAGUUGAAAACUGGUCGUAAAAAUCAAAUAAGAGACCAUAUUAUCCAAGCAUUCAAAGUCCCCUUACUAAAUGACGAAAACUUUGUUAAAUUCAAAGCCAUCUCAAUUAACAAGGAUUUGAAGGUCAAUAGCGAACUUUAUGAAACCAACCAGAUCGGACUCCACUGUGCUCGGAUUGCAUUCAAUAAUCAAGAGUUUGUAAUCCCCCUUCAUAAAGAGGAUAAUCAGCUAUUCAGAUCACUAACCAACAAACACGGGGUAUUGAACCCCAAAGUCAUUCAUGCAAUGCGAUCUUUGAAUUCGUCUGCUGCCUCUUUCUAG